AGCACUUCCGGGUGACGGUGCUGAUUUGUCAAAUAGCCCGAGUGUGCAUGGCAUGGUAGGCAAUAUAGCGGACGGUUCAGACAGCGAAGUCAGCUGGACAUUUUAUAUCAACCUCUACCGGACUUGAAAGUACACAAAUUAAGGCGACUUGAGUGUCCUGUGGCGGUUUAGCGGCUGCUUUCCUUCUCCAAGUGAGCGAGUUUUGGGCGUUUGUCAUUUGCUCCGGCGUGCUCGCUACGUUAGCUGCGCUUUUUGAAAAUGGCGGAUGUGUCAAGCGAGAAGAGCCUGGACGACUUCUUUGCCAAGCGGGAUAAAAAGAAGAAGAAAGAGAAGGGCAAGGGCAAGGAGUCCGCCGCCCCGUCGACGGGGGUGAUGAAAAAGAUGAAGAAGGAGUCUGAAAAGUCGUCGAAAAGCGACAGUCAAGACGCAAAUGUCGAAAAGGAGGACGAGGAGUGGAAAGUGUUUGAGCAAAAGGAAGUGGACUACAGCGGAUUGAGGCUGCAAGCCUUGCAAAUCAGCGACGAGAAGGAGGAAGAGGAGUACAUAGAGGAAGAGCUGGAUGAAGAUGGGGAGAUCAUCGUCAGCGGCGGUGACAAGAUGUCCGGACCCUGGAACAAAUCCAGUUCUGCUCCUGCCCCCGCUGCACCUGUCGAGGAAGUCGAGGUCCCCGAGUCCAAGCCCGCGGGCGUGUAUCGACCUCCAGGAGCUCGACUCACCACCUCAAAACGAGGCCAGAGCCAGGGACCCCCCGAGAUCUUCAGCGAUGCGCAGUUCCCCUCCCUGAUGGCCACCGGCAAGCACGUGGAGACUCGCAAGGACCGAGAAAUGGAGAAGACGUUUGAGGUAGUGAAGCACAGGAGCCGCGGACGAGAAGACAACAGCGGCGCCCCCGUGCAGCAUCUUCAGCUGGACAACCAGUACGCAGUGCUGGGCGACAAAUAGAACCAUCCCCCCGCUCCACGCCGCCAUCUUGUGGCCUGCUGGAAGGAGACAGCUGAAUUCCAGCUGCGUGAACUGCAGUCGCUGCCACCAAAAAAACACACACACACACAUAUUAGCAUACACUUGGCUGGCAAAAGAAAAGGUCUGCACCUGAAGGCGGGACUAAUCGACUCCAAACAAGCACGCUGUGGCGACGAGUACUUUGUGGAUCAACGUGCAAAGCGGUGCCGGCGUGGUGCGGCUCCUCUCCGGACUUCUUCAGCUAGCUUUUUGAAGGGCCAAGACCACCUCAAGCGAGAUGAUUUUACAAACUCGUGUGAACAAAGGAAUCUCUACAUCAUUGUCUCUAUCUCUCUCGCUCUCUCACACAUAUACACGAGUCGAUGCAGAAUACGUUCAGGCCUUCAGAAGGAGGAGGGGGACCCUACCUGAAUCUGGCGGUGACCAUGUGGACUCUGCUUUUUUUUUUCUCUCUCCCCCCCUCCCUCCUCUUUUCCAGGAUAAAACAUACAAGGAAGUUUCAUUUGCGAACUGUUAGUGUUGAAUCCAUCAUUAAAGACACGGCCUCACUUAGAGUUCCUUAAUAAAGUGGCCUUACGGAUACAAACAGCGGAAGCGCUAACGGGAUCUCACCACUGCGACAAAACAAAGAAAAGGAAUGUUGUUGCGCUUGAAGAUUUUCAGUCUUUCAUAUCCACCGUUUUGAUUUUGACGCCCCUUCAACUCUUAAUUAUCCUCCAUAGCAUUUAGCACAUAACACUUUCAUGAUUAAAGCUUUCUUGUUCAUAGACAUUUCAUGGCAUUUUAUUUACAUUAAGGUUUUCGGUCGUAUCCCAAACAGCUGUCUUCUUUAAUAAAGUGUGAAUUGAAAAUUUGUUUUUCCAAUUGAUUUUUUUUCGAGAUGUGAAAAAUGACUGUACUUAAGUUGUGUUGCCUCGAUUCCAUUUACAUGAAAUAUAGAAAGUGCUGGGAUAUGCGUGGUGGAAGUAGAUGUUUGUGAUGAAGACGUGAGCCAAUUUAACAAUUAAAAGUGCUUAUAAAAGAUAAAA